AUGGAUUGCAGAGCGAACUUCCUGGCCUUCUUGGCCGUGUUUUUUCACCUACUCAGCGAUUACUGUUUCGCACCUGUGCAAUGUGUGGACGCACCCUUUAUACACAUUCCGGGCAACGGAGUCAUAUCCGGCACCUAUCUGAAGAUGUUCCGGACCCAAAACAUCAAGGCCUACCUGGGCAUUCGCUACGCACAUGCCCGGAGAUUUCAGCCGCCGGAUAUCGAACUAACACCGUGGAAGGGCAUUUUCAACGCGACCGUCUUCCAGCCGGACUGCUGGCAGAACGCCAUGCCCUCCGUGGGCAGGGAAACGGAGCAGAUCCUCAAAAUCAUACAGUCCGACUCGAGUGCCCAGGAUGGGGAGAGGAAGUUUGAGGAGAACUGCCUGUAUCUGAACGUCUUUGUACCUGAUGGACUGCCCGAAAUCAAUGGAUACGCAGUUGUGGUGUGGAUCCAUUCCGGCGACUUCUCCACCGGCAGUCCGGCGGAUGUGGAGCCAUUUCAGUUGGUCUUCAAGCAGAAGGUGAUUGUGGUGACCUUUUCGUAUCGGCUAAACAUCUUCGGCUUCUUCACCACCGACGACGGCGAGGCCCAGGGUAACUAUGGCCUCAUGGACCAGUCGGCCGCGCUCUACUGGGUGAAGAAGAACAUCAACUUCUUUGGCGGCGACUCGAACCGCAUCACCCUGAUGGGCCAUGAUGCGGGUGCGGUGAGUGUGGCGCUGCACAUGACGUCGGGUGAGUGGUCGAAGGGUGGCUUCCACAAGGCCAUCAUCAUGUCGGGCAAUCCGCUGAGUCCCGUCAAGAUGCCGUACGAGUACGAGGGGUCGCUGGACCAGGUGUCCAGCACCUUUGGCUGUCCGCGCAGGCCGACCUCGAUGUUCAUCCAGUGCCUGAAGAGGAUCGAUGCCAAGCGGCUCUCGGAGAACCUGCCCUCGGUGAGCUGGGGCCCUGUGGUGGACUUUGGGCUGAGCAACACCUCCUAUCCGUUCAUCGAGAACCAGCCGGAGAUCCUGUUCAAGAAGGGCAGCUACCACAGGGUGCCCGUGAUCAUUGGAGUGACCGAUAUGGAGGAGGUGCUGACCCUGUUCAAGGACAACCUCGACACGGACAUCAGCGCCGCCGAUCUGGAGGGAUUCUUCAACGACAUCGCCGUGAACGACAUGCACAAGCUGGUGCGCAACUACGAGUGGUGCUCCAACUACGAGUUGAUAUCCGAUGCCAUCAACUUCAUGUACGCAAACGACUCGGAUACGGACGCCAAGAAGUCGAACAGGCACAUCAUCAGUGCCCACACCGAGAAGUUCUACAUCACGCCCAUGCAGACGUUCGCCGAUCUGAUCAGUAACGACAGCCAAGUCUACAGCUACCUGUUCAGGAUGCGGCCGCGGUCGGUGCUCCAGGAUCUGCCCAGUUGGAUAAGUGUGCCCAAGCACUUCGACCAGGUCUUCGUGUGGGGCAAUCCCUACAUGACCAACUCCGUGGACUGGAAGUCGACCGACAAGAAAAUCGCCGACAUCAUCAUGACCCUGUGGGCGAACUUCGCGAAGACCUCGAACCCCACGAAGUCGAAUGUGUACGUGAAGUGGAACGCCAUGACGCCCAACAAUGACUCGGUGCUCCUCGUCGACGAGAGCUUCAACACGGACAACCUGCUGAACAACCAGCGUAUCAACUUCUGGCGAUCGCUGUACCCGAAGAUCCUCGUCUACUCCGCCGACUGCUGCAACUCCACAUUCUCGGGCGGCGGCCUGGUGAUGGCCACUUCCACUUCCGUUCCAAUACUAUGUACCCUUAGCAUUAUCGCAUUAUCGUUAAUAUAUUUUGAAUAAAGAGAUCCUGCAAUAGA